CCCGAUGGAGAGCAAGAAAGCGAUGGCGGGGGACACUACAACGGAGCUUCUUUUUAUAGAUACGUUUAAGCACCAGAGUGCAGAGUUAACCAACGUGGAUGUGGUGCGGUUUCCUUGCGGGGUUCUGAUCACAGAAGUGAGGGUCAUUCCUCCAGGGAUCAAAGCACACAGCAACAUACCAGACAGCAGAGCAUUUGGAGAGACGUCGCCCCAUGCCUUCCAGUUAGAGCUCUUCUUUAAUAAUGUCACCAAACCCAACAACGCCGCAUUCCAUAGACUGGGCAGUCUGGAGUAUGAUGAGAACAAGUCCAUUGUGUUCAGACCCAGUGGAAAGGUGAACACAGACGGCCUGGUGCUUCGUGGCUGGUACACCAGCCUGACUAUAGCAGUUUACGGGACAGCAGAGCGUUCACAUGGACAUGACCAAUCCUCGCCCCCUCCUCCUCCACCCCCACCACCACAACAGCCAAGCGGGCCCAAGCGGGUCGUUAAACAAGAGUGGGAAAAAGAUGACCAGUACAAUGGUAGCCCACCCAGACCAGCCCCCAGAGGGCCUCGCACUCCACCUGGGCCUCCGCCCCCGGAUGAUGAUGAUGAAGAGCAGGUCCAAGUGACGGUCGGAGUGGUCAAAGAUGAGCCAAGCGAGGGCCGGGAAGACUACCUGGAGGCUGUGUCCCCUGAGAGGUCCCUGCCUGCUGAGGAAACAUACUCGGAUGCUGAACAAGAGGAGGAAGGGGAUGAGGAGGAAGAGGAGGAGGAGCAAGAGGUGGAAGAAGAUGCACGGACCGAGGGAAGUGUUCCGGAAGAGGACGAAGAAGUGGAGGAGGAAGAUGAGGGUGAUGACGGUUAUGAGCAGAUUUCCAGCGAUGAGGACGAUCUGGAUAAUGGUAGCUUCAAGUUGCCCACAUUUGACAUGGACUACACUCCUGAGGACCUGGCAUCAGUCCCACCUGUCCAGUUUGACCCGUAUGAGAGAGAACUCAGGCCCCUGCUCUACUUCAUCCCUCCAUACAAGACCCGCUUCGAUACCCAGUUUGAGAAAGCCAGUGUGGAGGAGCCCAGGGACCCUGGUGGAACGGAAGCACCCGCAGGUGGAGAGGAGGCUGAGGCUGUCCGCCAGCUGAAAGAACUACUCGCUAGUAUUGGCGAUGACAGAGAUGCCCGCUGGGUUACUGCUCUGGAACAGGCACCUGCACUUCUGGCCAAAGGGCUGGCAUAUUUAAUCAAACGAGGAGAAGGCGAGAUAGAGGAACAUGUUGGAGUUUUAGUCAAAUGGGCGCUCCAAGCUCUGAGUAUGGAGAUUGCUCUCACACAACCCAUUGCCCUUAAUCUCAGACAAUUGAAAGCCGGUGCCAAGCUAGCAUCACACAUUGCAGAGUGUCCACAGGGCCUCUCAGUGCUGCUGCGUGAAGGGGCCUUGGGUGUGAUGCUGGAGUUAGUCCAAGCUGACCAUGUCUCCUCCACACUGAAGCUGAAUAUCCUGAGAGCUCUUGGGGCUCUGACCAGCGCUCCUGCCGGCGCCGAGGCUUUCCUCCAUACGGGAGGGUCAGAGAAGAGUGGCUAUCAGCGUUUAGUCCAGCUGUUCCUGCGUGAAGAAACAGUGAGGGUCAUAACAGCUGGGAACACCAUAUUGCAGAAAAGCCACAUGUACGAGAUUCUGGUUGACCUGCAACGUGCAGCAGCAGCGUGGAGUGAACCCCAGCAGGAGGAGAUGGAUGACGCUGACAUCCCCAUGGAGGAGGAACCAUCGCUGAGCUCCUCUCCUGUGAGCGAGGCAGAGCUUGAUAGGCUGGCAGGGGUUUUGGAGGAGUUGCAUCACCUGCUAGAGACGGCCCCUUACUGCAUGGUGCAGCCCCCUGGGAAAGCCUUCCCUACUACUGCUAGAAUAACAGGACCACAGGAAAGAGACGAUCCUUACCCAACACUGUAUCGGUAUAUGCAUGCGUGCCACUUCCUGGAGAGCACCGCAGCGGUGUUGUCAGUGGCUGCAGCAUCUGGUCACUUAGGUGUCACCCUAGCUGUUCGAGAGCUCCUACGCUUCCUGUCGCUCACCCAGUCCGGUCUGCUCUUCCUCCUCGCCCAGCCCACUCCCACCAACCUGCUGCUGCGUCUCCUGGCAUCGAUGGCAGAAGCAGAGAGCGAGGAGACCACCUUCACGGUGGGAGAGGGAAGUGUGUCGGGGCCAGGGUUUGGUGAGGAGGGCUUCGGCGUGUGGCUAAUGCAGUCGCUGCAUGCUCUGCAAGGUGUCUCAGAGCUCAUGAGCCAUGUGGCUGCAGGAGGAGAGGGGGGAGCUGGGCUCGACGAAGGUGACAAUGCAGAAGUGCUGGGAAUGCUCCAUGCGCUCUACUUAAUGACCUUCACACAGACUGGUCGCAGUGCAGUGGCCCACAUCCUCAGCCUGGACAACAACCUGUCGUGCCUGAUCACUCUGCUCCAGCACCACAGCAGGGACGCACAAGGUGAGGCCAAAGCUCGCAAAUCAGUGACGUAUAAUUAUGCCUGUAUGCUGGUGUUACUGGUAGUGCAGAGCUCUAAUGAACUGCGGAUGAUGGAACAAUAUGCUGCCCCUCUACUCGCCAUCGCCAAGGCUGAUGAGACCAAUGCCAAGUUACAGGAGCUCGGCAAAUGGCUUGAACCUCUGGAAAAACUUCGCUUUGAGAUUGGCAGCAUUCCUACACUCAUCGAAUACAUCAAACAGAAUUUGGAAAAUGUGUUGACUGCUGAGGGAACUGGACAAGUCACUGCUCUCAGGGUCCUUUGUCACAUCGCCUGCCCCCCACCUGCUGUAGAGGGUCAGCAGAGGGAUCUUAAGUGGAGUCUUGCAGGGGUCCAGCUGUUUUCCGGCGAGGGUCUGGAUAUGUGUGUGCGAGUCUUACAGAAGCUGUGCAGCACGUUGCUGCAGCCAUGGCGUGUGCACGGACACAUGGGCCCCACGCCACAGCGCUGCAUGAUCCUUAGUAUAUGCAUCAGCACACUGCGACUGCUGCGCACCAUGCUGAUGGAGCUGCUACGCGGGGGCGCUUUCCAAUUCAGGGACACUCGCGUGGCCAGUGUGUUGGUGACGCUCCACAUGAUAGUCUGCUCCAUCCCUGCAUCUGGACGCCUAGACGGAGAGGAGACUCGAGUGCAGGCGCUCAUCGUUGACGUGCUGCUCACCUUCACGCAGGGUGUUAAUGAAAAGGUGACUCAUACAGAAGAGACUCUGGCCAGUAACACAUGGUCUCUGAUGCUAAAGGAGGUUUUGGGCUCACUGCUGAAAGCUCCAGAAGGUCUGUUCUCUGGUUUGACGUUGAUGUCUGAGCUCCUACCUCUUCCACUGCCCAUGCAGAGCACUCAGUUGAUAUCAGUCCAAGAUGUGGCUGUAGCCUUAAACACAAGGAAGCUGUGGAGCAUGCACAUACGGGCUCAGUGGAAAGUGCUUUCCGAGGCGUUGAGGUGUGUGUGCGCCACUAGCUGCCCUCCCCUCCUGGCCAUGCUGAGGAGACUGUGUGUUCAGCUGGCGGACCUGUCUUCACCCACAGCACUACUCAUCAAGAAGACCCUGUUGGAGCUGCUGCUGGAGGAGCUGCAGCCGGCGGAGGGCAAAGCCGUGUGCUGGGGCCAGGUCCUGCGUCUGCUUUCUUUGACGGAUGCUCUGGUGUCACAGAAAGCUUGUAAGAGCGCAGCACUGCACCUUCUGUCCGGGUCCGUGUCCGGAGAUGAGCAACUGGCCGACCUGUUCCCCUUGCUGCUUGCUUUGUUGGUUCCUCCAGCUGACCACUCCUUACCGCAGCAGCAAUGCAGCGAACUAGUGGGGACAAUAUUACAGUCACUGUGUGACCAGGAUAUUUCUCUGGUGGUUUCUCCACCCGGUGAAAACUGUGGGUCAGAGGCUGAGCAGCUGGCCAAUGCACUUCCAGGGCGUGAGAUGAUGCCCUUGGUGUGCAAUGCCUUGUUGGAGGUUUUGGGGAAUUCAGAGAGCAGUAUCCCACUCCUCCUCACCUGUAUCAGGACUUUGACAUUCCUCACCGAGCACGACUUUGGACUCUACCACCUCAAAGUAGCUCUGAAGAAGUAUGCCACUGGUCUAUGCUCCCUGUUGAAGAGAUUGGUGUUGGCCUUCAACAAGGACUCGGCAGAUCUGCUGUCGGCUCUUCUUGACUUCCUGAGACAGAUCCUCAACACAGAAACUAUGUGUGUAGAUGAGCCACAGGGGUCCGGCGAGGAGCCUGUCUUCGUUCCCCCCCGGUUGCUCACUGGCUUUGAGAUGAGAGCUCUACUGCAAUGGGAGGAGUCUGAAUCCCAUCCACUCCCUACUUUAGAGAAACAGAUCACGAAACUGUGUAAGGAAGAUGAUUCAUUGGAGACGAUGUUGGAGACCGUGAUUGUUCUGAGGCAGACGCUGGAGACGGCCACAGACGCACCUCCUGCAGCUGACACUGAGCCCACUCUGCCAGCGCCCGAGGCGCUCGGGGCCCAGUUUAAUCACAGGACGGUGUUCAUUCUGUCUGAAUCUCUGGAUGAGCAGCUGAAGACUCUGUGGUUCUCUCCCUUACAAACUGAUGACAUUGAAGCUGACCUUGAUAUGAUGACGGUGGAUCUGGUGGGUCUGGCUCAGGAGUGUUGUCCAGAACUGGACCUGAAGGUAGAGCUGGAGCGCUCCUUCAUGUCUGAGCCCUCCUCUCCUGGUGAUUCGAAGGCUCCAAAAGGCUUCCGACUGGGCAAACACAAGCAUGAGACGUUCAUCACGAGCGGUAAAUCAGACUACAUUGAGCCUGCUAAGAGGGCCCACAUAAUGGCUGCUCCUCGCGGCCGUGGAGGUCGAGGAGGGUUUGGACAGAAUCUCUGUCGACCCCAUGAUAUCUUCCGCCAGCGCAAACAGAACACCUCCCGUCCUCCCAGCAUGCACGUUGAUGACUUUGUGGCGGCGGAGUUUAAAGACAUCACGACCCCUCUUGGACUUUUGCCCCCUAAACGGCCCCCCAAGAGCUCCCCAAAACCCCCAACCAGAGGACUGUUCACUGGUAACCGAGGCAGAGGCGCCUUCCACAGCCAGACUCGCUUUUUCACUCCCCCACAACCUAAAGGUGUACUGCUGUCAGGAAACUACCCUCGCAGAGACGGAGGCCGUGGUUCAUCAUGGAGCGGCCAAGUUCCAGCUGUCACUCACAGAGGAACCUACAGUGAACCGCACGGAGGCCAGAGCAACUUCACACGUGGACCGUUGCCCUCCAGACAACUCCCAGCAAGCGCAUAUCGGAUGGCUCCACGGGACAGAGUCCCGAGAGGAAGAGGAGGCGCUGGGCUGUCUUGGCUUAGUGGAGGAGGAGGUGGUGCAAAUAACCGAUGA